AUCCCUGCCGGCUCGUGAAAUGCCGCGCCAAGGAGACGUGCAAGAUGGAGAAGGGGGAGGCCGUGUGCGUGCACGACUACAUGGGAACCUGCAUGGGGUCUCAGUCCCUGCAAUACCACACCUUCGACGGGAUGACCGUGGAUAUCCGGGGCGGCUGCACCUACGCCAUUGCCAAGUAUUGUGGCAACGAUCCCACCCUGGUGCCUUUCGUUGUGGAGGAGAAGAAGAGUGAAGGCAAUUUCAAGGAGUGGUUGACCAACAUCUACGUGUACACCUACAACAUCUCCAUCCACAAAGGAGAGGGAGGCAAAAUCCAGGUCAACAACAAACUCACCAGCCUACCAGCCAACCUGGAAGCAGGGAAGAUCCAGAUCUCCCAAAAUGAGGGUCGGACUAUCCUGCAAACAGAUUUUGGGCUGCAGGUGACCUACGAUGAAGACUGGGCCAUAAUGGUGGCGGUGCCCAGCAGCUAUUUUGGGGCUACCUGUGGACUCUGUGGCAACUUCAACGAGGACACGGAGGAUGAGACGACACUGUCCGAUGGCACGCAGGCUUCCAGUGUGGAGGAUUGGGCCGAGAGCUGGCGAGAUCCCUCCUGCCAGGAUGAAUGCGGAGACCAGGAGACGCCGCAGGACACGCAAGGCUGUGCUCAGAGAUGCCCCCAAAACAGCCACUUCAAGGCCUGUGGGACGGCGUGCCCUGCCACCUGCACCAACCCCAAAGCCCCCGCGUCCUGCAGCGAGCCGUGCACGGCGAGCUGCCAGUGCAAUGAGGGCUUCGUCCUCCACAAUGACACGUGCGUCCCAGUGGAGACCUGCAGCUGUUUCCACAACAGUCGCUCCUACAAGGUCCAGGAGGAGUUUUGGGAGGACGGGAGCUGCCAGAGCCGGUGCCGAUGCGAGGUGGGGGGCAAAGUGGCUUGCAAGAAGGCUGGGUGCAAAGCCCAUGAGAAAUGUGUCACGGUCAACGGUGUCCCCAGCUGCCAGGCGAACAAGUACUUCACCUGCAUCGGGACGGGCGAUCCGCACUACACCACCUUCGACGGGUUGAGGUAUGACUUCCAAGGGACGUGCAUCUACCAGUUUGCAGCCCUCUGCACCCAGGACCCCAAACUGGUCCCCUUCACCGUCAAGGUGGAGAACAACAACCGGGGCAGCAAAGCCGUGUCCUUCACCAAAACCGUCACGUUGGAGGUCUACGGCAACGUCAUCAGCAUGAGCCAGGAGCAUCCGCGCAAGGUCAAGGUCAACGGUGCCUUUGUGGAGCUCCCGUUCACCCAGAAGGGCCAAUUCGAGCUCUACCACAGCGGCGUCCAUGGCUUCGCCCGCACCGUCUUCGGCUUGCGGGUGAGCUUUGACUGGUACAGCUACGCCCGCGUCAUCCUCCCCGACGCCUACGCCGGCGCCGUCUGUGGCCUCUGCGGCAAUGCCAACCACAACGCUGAUGACGACUUCAUCACUCGUGACGGCAAACGGGCCGCGGAUGAAAUCCAGCUGGCCGAUAGCUGGAAGGUGGGAGACGUCCCCGGCUGCUCGGCCGGUUGUGUGGGGGAUUGCCCGGUGUGCAACGAGGAGCAGAAACGGCCCUACCGCGGUGACGGCUAUUGCGGGGUGAUUGCCAGAGCUGGGGGGCCCUUCCGGGCUUGCCACCGCACUGUCAACCCCACGCCCUUCCUCGAGGAUUGCGCCUUUGACGCCUGCCACUACAAAGGCCACCGGGACACCUUGUGCAAAGCCAUCUCCGCCUACGUGACUGAGUGCCAGAGCCACGGCAUCAGCAUGGAGCCGUGGAGGACGCCAUCCUUCUGCGGCCCCUCCUGCCCCCGUCAUUCGCACUACGAGCUCUGCGGGAGCAGCUGCCCGGCCACGUGUCGGGGCCAAGCCGUCCCCGAGGGCUGCACGUCGGUGCCGUGCACCGAAGGCUGCUUCUGCGACGAGGGCUUUGUCCUCAGCGGUGACGAGUGCGUGCCGGCAGGCGAGUGUGGCUGCGAGCACAGGGGCCGCUACUACAAGAAGGAUGAGGAUUUCUACGCCUCGUGCCGGGAGAGAUGCCAUUGCAAAGCCAAGGGGGUGGUGGAGUGCAAGGAGGUCUUCUGCAGCGCCCACGAGGAAUGUCGAGUAGAGGACGGGGUGCUGGGGUGCUACCCCACCGGCUACGGGCGGCUAGUGGUGUCAGGCGACCCACACUACGUGACGUUCGACGGGCGAGCCUUCGACAUCCUGGGCUCCUGCACCUAUGUCCUGGCGCGGGUCUGCAAGUCAGAUCCGCGGCUGACCAACUUCUCGGUGCUGCUCGAGCACGAUGCGGGCGGGCGGCGCAACGUGGCCCUGAUGAAGAAGGUGGUCGUCUCCAUCCACGGGUACACAGUCAGCAUGGAGAGGGGGCGGAAGUGGGAAGUGACGGUGGAUGGGGAGCGCUACACGCUGCCGCUGGUGACGGAGGACAAGAAGCUACGGAUUGGCCAAGAAGGGAACAACAUCGUCCUCCAGACCGCCGCCGGCGUCCGGCUCCUCUACAACGUGGCCACCUACCUCCUCGUCACCAUCCCCGACGUCUACCGGGGCCGCGUGUGUGGACUGGGUGGCAACUACAACGGGGACCCCGGUGAUGACUUCCAGCUGCCCGGCGGGUCCCUGGCACAGAGCACCGAGGAAUUCAUCACCUCCUGGAAGGUGCCGAUGGCGGACAGAGCGUGCACCGAUGGCUGCAACGGCCAGGGCUGCCCCAUGUGCGAUGCCACCGACACUGCUCCCUAUGGUGCCAGCGACUCCUGUGGGCUCAUCCGGGACCCGGCAGGACCUUUCGGGCCGUGUCACCCGCGGGUCAGCCCGGUGGAGUAUUUUAACCACUGCCUCCACGAUGUCUGUGCUGCCAACGGUGCCCGCGAUGUCCUGUGCCACAGCCUCCAAGCCUACGCUGCCGCUUGCCAAGCCGCCGGGGUGGAGAUUGGCAGGUGGAGAACAACCGCUUUUUGCUCCCUCUCCUGCCCACUCCACAGCCACUAUGAGCUCUGCACCCGUACCUGUGACUUCACCUGUGCCAGCCUCUCUGUGCCGGCCCCGUGCAGCUGGACAUGCUUUGAGGGCUGCCAGUGCGACGAUGGGUACCUCUUCGAUGGAGAAGCCUGCGUGUCCCUGGAGCAGUGCGGCUGUAUGCACCAGGGACGGUAUUUCAAGGCAGGUGAGACCAUCAUCUCCAGCAACUGCUCCACAAAAUGCAAUUGCCACCCAUCCCAGGGACUUGUUUGUGAGGACACACAGUGUCCCCCGGACGAGGUCUGCGCCACGCGGGACGGGACGCAGCAGUGCGUCAAGCGGGAAGGCCAGUGCCGGCUCUCCCCGGGGGCCUCCUUGACCACGUUUGAUGGCACCUGGGGAAGGCUCCUCACCAGUGGCACCUAUAAAGUGGCCGCCCUUUGCAACGAGCAGUCACCCAGCUGGUUCAAGGUGGUGGUAGACAUCAGCGAAUGCCGGGACGACAGUAUCCCGGCUGCCGUGGCCGUCUUCAUCUUCUUCCGCGAAGCUUUUAUCACUGUGAAUAACAACAUGGAGGUGUGGGUGAAUGGUCUCUUCACCCACCUUCCAGCUGUGGUGUCCAAAGCCAUUUCCUUGAGCGCAGCGGCGGGGAACAUCACCAUCUCCCAUACGUCGGGGAUGGAUGUGCUCUUCAGCCCCAGUGGGGAGGUGACGGUGACCGUAGGAGCGGCCUUGGUAAACCAGCUCUGCGCUCCGUGUGGCAACUUCAACGGUGACCCCAGCGAUGACCUGAAGAUGCCCGAUGGCCGGACUGUGAGGAGCAUCGCAGAGGUUGUUGAUGCCUGGAAAGCCAGGGAUUUUUCAGGAUGCCGCGCCUCCAACCUUGUGCGGACGGAAGUGGAAGCCCCCGUCUACCCUAUGCAGUAG